AUGUCUGAGUGGAGGUACCUCAUCUGUGUCAGCUUUUUGCUGACCAUUUUCCUUGAAUUGACAUGCCAGGGACCUCCUGGCCCCUCUUCAUCAAGCACAAAGCUGUUGAUGACGAGCUACUCCAUACGCUCCACCGUGGUAUCUCGCUAUGCCCACACCUUGGUCACCUCUGUUCUGUUCAAUCCACAUGCUGAAGCCCACGAAGCCAUCUUUGACCUGGAUCUGCCUCACCUUGCUUUUAUCUCCAAUUUCACUAUGACCAUCAACAAUAAAGUCUAUGUUGCAGAAGUCAAAGAGAAGCGCCAAGCAAAGAAAAUCUAUGAGGAAGCCUAUCACCAGGGAAAGACAGCUGCUCAUGUAGGCAUCAGGGACCGGGAAUCAGAGAAAUUCCAAAUCUCCACCAGCCUGGCAGCAGGCACAGAAGUGACUUUUGCCCUGGCCUAUGAGGAGCUGCUGCAGCGACACCAGGGCCAAUACCAGCUGAUGAUAAGCGUGAGGCCUGGUCAAUUGGUGUCAAAGCUGAAUGUAGAAGUCACAGUGUCAGAAAGGACAGGCAUCUCCUAUGUGCAUGUACCACCUUUGAGGACCAGCCGCCUGCACACCAACCACCGCACAAGUGAGGCUGACUCACCCCCAUCCACCAGGAUCGAGAAGGGAGAGACCUGUGUCCGAAUCAUCUUCUGCCCCACAAUGCAAGACCAGUCUGCCUUCUCCAGCUCAGGCAUCAUGGCUGACUUCAUGGUCCAAUAUGAUGUGGUCAUGGAGGACAUCAUUGGGGACGUGCAGAUUUAUGGUGGCUAUUUUAUUCAUUACUUUGCCCCCCGAGGCCUCCAGCCUGUGGAAAAGAAUGUGGUGUUUGUUAUUGAUGUGAGUGGCUCCAUGUUUGGUACCAAGAUGAAGCAGACUAAAAAAGCCAUGAAUGUGAUCCUCAGUGACCUGCAAGCCAAUGACUACUUCAACAUCAUCUCCUUUUCUGACACAGUUAGUGUCUGGAAAGCUGGAGGUUCGAUCCAGGCUACUAUCCAGAAUGUCCACAGUGCCAAGGAUUACUUGGGUCGCAUGGAAGCUGAUGGCUGGACUGACAUCAAUGCAGCUCUGCUGGCGGCUGCUUCAGUGCUGAACCAUAGCAACCAGGAACCUGGGAGGGGCCCCAGUAUGGGGAGGAUCCCUCUGAUCAUCUUCCUAACAGAUGGGGAGCCCACAGCCGGCGUGACAACCCCCAGUGUGAUCCUCUCCAACAUUCGUCAGGCACUGGGCCAUAGAGUAUCCCUAUUCAGUUUGGCCUUUGGGGAUGAUGCUGAUUUCCCACUGCUGCGUCACCUGUCCCUGGAGAACCGGGGAGUAGCCCGACGCAUAUAUGAGGACACUGAUGCAGCCCUGCAAUUAGAGGGCCUUUAUGAGGAGAUAUCCAUGCCUCUGCUGGCAGAUGUGCGUCUGGACUAUCUGGGCGGCAUGGUUGGGACCUCCUCUUGGGCUCUCUUCCCCAACUACUUUGGUGGCUCAGAGCUAGUGGUAGCUGGCCAGGUGCAGCCAGGUGAGCAGGAACUGGGCAUCCACCUAGCAGCCCGUGGCCCCAAGGGUCAGCUCCUGGUGACCCGCCACAGUGAAGGAGCCACCAACGGCAGCCAGAAGGCAUUUGGUUGCCCAGGAGAGCCAGCCCUCAACAUAGCCCUAUUCAUCCGCCGCCUCUGGGCCUAUGUCACCAUUAGAGAGCUGCUGGAGGCACGUUUUCAAGCCCAUGACACCACCACUCGCCAUCUGCUGGCUGCCAAAAUCCUCAACCUAUCCCUUGAAUACAAUUUUGUCACACCUUUGACUUCACUGGUCAUGGUGCAGCCCAAGGAAGCCAGUGAGGAAGCCAAGAAACAGCCAUCCACCACAGCCGGGCCAACCACCAUCAUGCCCUCAUCCAGCAGCAGCCAUGGCUUAGGGACUGGCACAGCUCAGCCAGCCUUGGUGCCCAAGGUCUCCCCCAAAUCAAGGCCUAUAAAACAAACUUCAACUGCUAUGGCUUUUACAAAGAUGUCCAGUUCCAACAAGUUAGAGCCACUGGGUCAGAGCUCUAGUGCCUUAUCUACCUUAGCACACCCAAAGCCCAAAACUCCAGUGCAAGAUUUUGGCACCUUGGCCCACCCAACUCUCAAGACAAAGCCUGUUGCCCUUACACCCUCAAAUUCUAGUACUCUAUUGCUUACAAAAUCUGGCACUCCAUCACAUCAGAAUCCUGGUGUUACAUCACCCAUGAAUUCCAAGACACAAGUUCUACCUCUGAGUUCUGGCAUCCUGGCCCAGACCAAAGGUGGCCCACAGCAUUCUAAACCUUAUAAUCCAUCACGACCUAAAACAGACUCCCCAUCACACUCACAACCUGGGGUAGUCACAUCACAAUCACCCAAAAGCCUGUCACAGCCCAGACCUGGAGUUUCUAUACUUCCGAUCCCCAAACACCUGCCACAUACCAGACCUAAAAUUACUGCUCCCAAGACCCCAAAUAACCUGCCACACCCUAGACCUGGUAUCCUCUUGCCUAAGACCCCUAAAAUCCUAUCACCUCUUAAACCUAGUACCUUACCUCACCAAACUUCUAUAAACUUAUCACUUUCCAAACCUGGAACCCCAACCCCCCAUACACUGAAAACUCCACUACCCCCUAGACCUGCCAGACCCAGGCCCCCACCUUCUCAGAGCUUUAACACAUUCUCAAACACAGUCUCAAGUUCUACAGGUCCCAGCAGUACCAUGACCAACUCUGUCCUUGAAGAACCCCUCCCUGCCCCCCUUACCCCUACUCCGCCUUCUCUGCUACCCACUGGAAGGCUCUGGCCUCAGCAAGACCUGUUGUUAAGGCCCCAGGGCACAAGGCAAGCACUGGGACCAUCUGUGCUGGGGGUCCCAACAAUGGUCCUACCCAACAACUCCAGUUCUGAGCAAGAAGGCAGCCCUCCAAACCUGCCAAUCUUGCUGCCUUCCAGCACCCUCUCUGAGGCCAUCAGUCUGCUCCUUCUUCCAGAGGAGCUAGAGCUGCUAUCUGAGUCAAUGAUGGAGUCCAAGUUUGUGGAGUCUUUGAACCCACCAGCUUUCUAUACCUUCCUCACUCCUGAUAAAGAUGGAAAUCCACAUUGGGAUGGCGAUUCUGAGGAAAUUCUGGGAGGAACUGGAGGGAGCAUGGACACUCAGGGAAGUUCUGUGGGUUCUGCAAAAGGCACAUUUCCAAGAAUCUUCACCUUCUCAUCCUCUGUGGAUGGGGACCCCCACUUUGUGAUCCACAUCCCACACUCAGAAGAGAGGAUCUGCUUCACACUUGAUGGACGCCCAGGAGAUCUGCUGCAGCUCAUAGAGGACCCGAAGGCAGGGCUGCAUGUCAGUGGGAAACUGCUUGGAGCACCACCAAGACCAGGCCACAAGGACCAGACCCGCACCUACUUCCAGAUCAUCAAAAUCACUACAGACAAACCUCAGGCCUACACUAUCACCAUCAGCCGUAGUUCCAUAUCUGUGCAAGGUGAGAGCACCUUGUGCCUGUCCUGGGACCAGCCUGCACUAGUGAGGAAGCCCCAACUAAAGCUCCAAGUAGCUGCUGCAGCCCGCCUCACUCUCCACAUUGGAAACUACCUUGAGUUCCUCAUCCUCCGGCACCGCUACAGACAUCCCAGCACACUACAACUACCCCACUUGGGAUUCUAUGUGGCCAAUGGCUCAGGUCUCAGCUCCUCAGCCCGUGGCCUAAUAGGGCAGUUCCAGCACACAGAUAUCCAACUAGUGAGAGGGCCCAAUGGGCCUUGUCUGCGGAGGCACCAAGAUCCAGAUGUGCCUGUAGUUCUAGGCAAAAGGCUGCUGAAGGAGUCACCAAGGCUGCUGCCCCGCUGGGCUUCCUGCUGGCUGGUGAAACGCUCUCAUGUAGAGCAGCUGCUGGGCCAGCCCUACCUUGCCUAUGUCCUGUGA